GCUCUUUGACCCCGAGAUCAACCUGCGGCCCCUGAGCUCUGCAUUCGAGAUUGCGGAGCUGAAGAUCUGCAGUGGAGGAGCUCAACCCUGCACCAGACAUGGUGUUCUGCUGUGCUGAUCUGCUGUGCUCCUGCUGGUGUUCACUGGCCGUUAUUGCCCUCAUCGCUGCUGUCUGGUUCUUCAGAGACUCCCGUCAAAUCUCCGGCAUCCAUGAGAAACAUGUCCUGAUAACGGGAUGCGACAGCGGCUUUGGAAACCUUGUGGCACGGCAGCUCGACCGGCAGGGUUUUCUUGUAAUCGCUGCUUGUCUUACCGAAACCGGAGCCUCCAAACUGCGUGCCACCGCUUCGCCCAGACUGAAAACGCUCCAGCUCAAUGUCACCGACAGCACGAGCAUCAAUCGUGCACUGGAGUACGUGCGCAGAGAGACUGGCGGGAAAGGCCUGUGGGGUUUGGUGAAUAACGCGGGGGUCUCUGUGCCCAUCGGGCCGAUGGACUGGAUGCAGCUUCAUGACUUCAAGAAGGUUCUGGAUGUGAAUCUGACUGGUGUGAUCGCAGUGACACUCAAGUUUCUUCCUCUGCUGAAGAAGGCCCAGGGUCGAGUGGUGAACGUGGCCAGUAUUUUGGGCAGACUCUCAAUCAUUGGCGGAGGAUACUGCCUGUCCAAAUUUGGCGUUGAGGCCUUUUCUGACAGCCUGAGGAGGGAUAUGGUCCAUUUUGGAGUGAAGGUGAGCAUCAUUGAACCAGGUUUCUUCAAGACGCAAGUCACAGAUCUGGGUCUGAUUGAAGACGACCUGAAGAAACGCUGGAGUAAUCUUCCAGAACAGGUCAGAAGAGACUACGGAGACUCCUACCUGCAGGAAUAUCUGAAAGUGCUGGAGUUCUCCCACAAGAUGUUGGCCAGCAGCGACCUCUCCAAAGUGACGUCAUGUAUGCGGCACGCACUUUCUGCACGUCAUCCUCGAACGCGUUAUGCCGCCGGCUGGGACGCAAAGUUCCUGUGGAUCCCGCUGUCCUAUCUGCCCACGUGUGUAGUGGACAUCAUCACUAAGGCCCUGGUGCCUUCUUCAAAACCACUCUGAAGAGCAGCAGAGCAGUCAAUCUGCGUGCAAACUUUCAGCUAUCAAGCAGUUGAAGUUAGUACGACAUAAGAUUUACCUCAUUUCUUGUAUUAAAUGCUGUAUUCUGAACAAUUCAUACAUUUCAUUAAAAGAAAAAUUGAUGUUUA